AGCAGCAGAGAAACGCUGCCGAACAAGAGGAAGAAGGAGAGGUGGCUGGUGAGGCGUAUGUUCCACAACCAUACGCUCCUCAGGAUGAGGUACAACCACAAACUUAUGCUGAGGAGUUUAUUUCCCUCAACGACCAAGGUAUCCUAUACAAUUUUGAUGACCAUGCGGCCCUUAAUCAGCAAGUACAUCUCUACUCUGACAACAUCGACAAUAUUGUGGCCCGAGGGUAUUUGUACGAGCAUGUGGGUAUGAUCAAAGUUCACUGCCAGGAGUACGAUGAUUCACAUGCCCGGAUCAUGGUUUCGAAAAUCCUGCAAGAGGACGCUGAAAUCCCAGUCCCAAUUGAAGAGUGCAGAUAUGUUAGGGACGUAUACCAGAUGUUCCUUCCUUGGCCUAAACACUUAAUUUUAACAACCGAGGGUCCACUCGCUCAACCGCCCUCAAGACGUGAUGCGUCAAAGGGGAAAGCUCUGAUGCUUUCUCCACAAGGCCGUGGUGCACGGGAAGAUGACUUGUUCACGGAAGAGAAGAUGGCGUUGAUCCCUAAUUCGCUAAAAUGGAUGAUUCAUGAAUUCCUAAGGCUCAAAGAUAAACGUGAUAUAAUCACAAUUCUUGUCCCCCGAGGAUUCAUUGCACCACGUACCCAAAUCACAUUAUCCAUUUAA